AGCAAGCAAAUUUGAUUUAGGAUCAAAUUUGAUUUAGGAUCUAAAAUAUUAAAUAUCCAGCAUACUGAGCGUUUUACAAACGUGUCUUGUUUCGGGUUUAACUGCAGCUGGAGCCUAGCAGAGCUCUCCUUCUGUGCUAGGAGUUCCCUCUGCUCGCUUUCGCGUCCGCCCCUCCAGCGCCUCAACCGUUUCGCCCGCUAUUCUCCCCAUUUCGCUCGCUCUGCUCAUCUUUUUUCGCUCUCUCUCGGACAAUUUGUCUUGACGGCGGGGUGGUGUCUGCUUUAAGCACACUGUUGGCCAAAGACCUAAAUGGUCGACAUUUGGACGGGAAUCCGACUGUCAGAGCUGGAAAGAUAGCCAGGAAGCGUUGUUUGUCGGCUUGGUAUUUAAUGAAAGAGAGGGUGUGGCACUGAGGGCAGUCGUGCAAACGCCGAGCUCAGAGAGAAGCCCAUUAGUGAUGAGAUGUGGAGACUUGGAGGAAGAAGAGGAGUACGAAGAAUUGUAAGUAAUCAGAAUGUCAGAAAAGGGUUCCGCUUCAGAUGUGAAGAAUAUCAUGGAAGGAGACAGCAAAAGAUCCAAUCAAGAUCACGAGUCAAAGAUGUCAGAUGAGCACAGAGACACAGACGACUCAUCAGAGAAAACGCCCAGCAGGGUGUCCAGAUCCCCUCAGAAAUCCUCUAAAAGACCAAAGACUGUACCUGUGAAAGUCGCACUCCUGGAUGGAUCUGACUAUGAGGCAGGAGUGGAGAAGUCCUGUAAGGGGCAAGUCUUACUGGAUAUGGUGUGUGAGCAUCUGAACCUGCUGGAGAAGGACUACUUUGGCCUGACCUUUUGUGAUGCUGAUAGCCAGAAGAACUGGUUGGACCCCUCAAAAGAGAUCAAAAAACAAAUCCGAGUAGGCUCCUGGCAGUUUUCCUUUGCUGUCAAGUUUUAUCCCCCUGAUCCCUCUCAGCUGAUAGAAGACAUCACCCGGUACUACCUGUGCCUGCAGCUGAGGGAGGACAUGCUUUCGGGUCGCCUGCCUUGUUCAUUUGUCACACACGCCCUCCUGGGCUCCUACACCGUGCAGGCUGAGCUGGGUGACUAUGACCCAGACGAGCACUCCCCCGACUACGUCAGCGAGUUCCGCUUCGCACCCAACCAGACGCGGGAGCUGGAGGAAAGGGUGAUGGAGCUCCACCGCACAUAUAGGGGCAUGAGUCCUGCAGAGGCUGAGAUGAACUUUUUGGAGAAUGCGAAGAAACUGUCAAUGUAUGGAGUUGAUCUCCAUCAUGCCAAGGACUCUGAGGGCAUUGAUAUAAUGCUGGGUGUGUGCGCUAGUGGUCUUUUAAUCUACAGAGACCGUUUGCGCAUUAACCGAUUUGCCUGGCCAAAGAUCCUCAAAAUCUCCUAUAAGAGAAGCAACUUUUACAUCAAAAUCCGCCCUGGAGAGGUAGAGAAAAAGUAUGAGCAGUUUGAGAGCACCAUUGGCUUCAAGCUUCCCAACCACCGGGCCUCUAAGCGCUUGUGGAAGGUCUGCAUUGAACACCACACAUUCUUCAGGUUGGUCUCCCCUGAACCCCCACCCAAAGGAUUUUUGGUGAUUGGCUCAAAGUUUCGUUACAGUGGGCGUACCCAGGCCCAGACUCGUCAGGCUAGCGCGCUGAUUGACAGGCCAGCCCCUCAGUUCGAGCGAUCAGUGAGCCGGAGGUACUUGCUGUCGCGCAGUUUAGAUGGAGCCUCUGCUCUAGGGGACACGAUGGACAGGCUGUCCCAGCACACCGCAAGUGAACCUGCGACUAGUCUGCCUCGAGACGAUCUGGACCGGGACUACAUAGAGCACAGUCAGGAGCAGGACCUGGACCAUGACCAGUACCAAGCUGAAGAUAAAGAACUAGAAGACAGAGUCACUCAUUCAAAGGCCAUGGAGUUAAAGGGCGAGGAGCCGGCCUCUCCUCUAGACUCUAAGGCAGAGUCGGACCAGGACUUGGCCCCACGCCCUAAACAGGAGCAGUUCCUUGAUAAGCCAGAAGAUGUACUGCAGAAGCAUCAGGCCAGCAUCAAUGAGCUGAAGAGAGCACUGAGGGAACCCAACAGCAAGCUGGUCCACAGAGAGAAGCGUCUGUCAGCGGCCUCCUCUGGCAGCACUCCAGAGAAAAAAACUGCCUCUGAGGAACCCUUAUUGAUUGAGAAGCAAGACGAUUGUCAAAGAGACCUGACCCUCAGUUCAAAAGAGGAAAACAGCAGGAGCUCUGCUAGAGUAGACCCAUCACUUACUCAAUUUCACCAUGAAGGAGAGGAAGUGAUGGGAGGGAAAAGCCAUAUGACUCACGAAGGUAUAAAAGAAAGCCGUGUCACGGCAAAGAAAGCAAACAACUCGCCAGAGAAGCCUCAAAGAACAAGGGCCAGAAGUUCCACGUUAAAGAACACACAUAUCCAAGAUACACAUUCUGGUGUGGAUAACAGGCUUCUCUACAGGAGUCAGGUGCAGAGCAACGUUCAUGCAAAUGGCUAUGAUGAAUAUCAGACUGAAAGGCACUGGACUGAAAGAAGGCAUGUGGGCAGAAGCCGUGAAGAAGAUUCCAAGUGCCCAGACUUUUGGAACCAUGAGGAGAGAAGUUGGGGUGAGGCUUCUCCUAAUGCUGCAAUAGACAAACACAUGCGGGAUCAGUAUAACGGAAGUAGAUACCAGAAGCAAAUCACGGGAAGUAUAAAAGACAAAAGCAAAACUACCGUUUGGUCCCAAACAUCGGAUCUCUCCUGUGACAAAAACAAGGCUAAAGACUCCAGGAUUCUACGGAGUGAUUCACUUAAGAGUGACACUGCUCAAUCCGAGGUGAAACGAGUUGUUCCCUUGAAGCCUGAGAGGUCGAAGAAGUUAAAGGGAAACAAAGGAGUUAAGCGGCAAGAUGACACUAAAGGUGACAGUGUCUUUGCAAGAUCAGUUAAUGAGUCUAAGGGAACAAAGUCAAAGGAAGCAUCAUCUGGAAGCGAGAAGAUAAUGGAUUUUUUCACACAUACAAGAAGAAAUGUAGGCAUGAUUUCCACACCUACUAAAAGAGACCUGACUGCUAAUGGUCAUGAUAGUGGAGAGAGUGAAGAAAACCAGCUUCCACAAUCAGAUUUGCAACAAUUUCAGGAUGUGGCUGGCGGUGUAAACCACACACUCAGCCCUGAUGUUGACCAGGAUUACUUAGAAAAUCCUUCCCCACUGUCUGACUAUGAAUCAAACUUAAUGUUUUCUGCACUUGAUCAAAUGACUUCUUCAUAUCCCCUUGCAAAAUCCCAGAGGAUGAGAGAGGCACGAUACAAACAAGAUAGUGCCACUGUUGAUUCCAGCCAGAGCCUCAAGAACUCCAGCUUAGAAUCAGUCAAGAGGAAACCAGUGGAGCCCCUCCCCACUCCAGCAAUUCAUGCGGAACCUCAGGAGGAAUCCCAGAGAGAACAAUGGGAGCGGCGACUGGGAUCAGUUUCGGAAGACGAUCCCGACCCAGAAGCCCUGUAUCUGAAAGAGACCCACCUGGGCAUUGAACGCAAAUGCUCCAGCAUCACCGUCAGCUCCACUUCCAGCCUGGAGGCUGAGGUGGACUUCACCGUCCUAAUGGACCUUCAGACAGGGAUGGAGGAGUUCUCCAGAGGUAUGUCUGAGCUGGGAGAAAAGGACCUCUCGCCUGAUCUUAGUCUUUCAGACCGACCAACCCAUCCAGCCUUCAUACUAGGGGCUGACCCCGUCAUCCUUCCAGACGAGAAACCUGUAGAAGUAUGGAGGUCUGUGGAAGAAUCCAAGCCCAUUGUAGAGCAGAAGCCCAUGGAAGAGCGUAAACCUGAGCCAUUUGUGCCAAAAAAAGCACCACGGUCAGUGAAAGCUGCUCAAGCUCUGAAGAAGGAAUCUGCAGAACUUGCUAAUAUCCAGUCAGUGAGGCGAGAGGGUUCAGACGCAGCGUGCUUUCAGCCACACAACACAGAGAGCAGCGAGAUUUUCACCUCUCAGGCCCUGAGGAAGACUGAAGUCAAGAUUGAGACCCAGCCAAACGGAUCAGAGGUCACCACAACUAUUAUGGAGAUUGCAGACCAGGACCACGGCAUGAGUGGUUUGCGGGAAGCAUCAUUCACAAUGAUGGAGAGGAUCUCUCCUGUGAGUUUUGGGUCUUUGGGAAGAGAGGGGUCUGGGUCUCCUCUCAUGGUAACAGAGAAUGUGACAUCAGCUACCACAACACAUGUUACAAAGACUGUGAAAGGAGGAUACUCGGAGACAAGAAUUGAGAAGAGGAUUAUCAUUACCGGAGAUGAUGACGUUGAUCAAGAUCAGGCGCUUGCCAUGGCAAUAAAAGAAGCCAAGCAGCAGCACCCCGACAUGCUGGUAACCAAGGCCAUAGUUGUCAGGGAAACAGAAUCUUCCACACAAGACCCACAUGAGGAAUCCAAGUCCUGAUCUCUUAGGCUCUCGGGACUACGUGCAGGAGAAGUCCAGGAUUUCAAACCCCCUAAUGCUCGUGGGCCACACCCACCACUCACCUAUCCCAGCCCACUGGACCUUCUGCAUACGGAUACGCAUACAACCCAAACUCUACACCCACCAUGUACCCACAUUCUUUUGCUUUUAUGUUCACUGUGGUUGUGAAAAGUUGAAAAAGGAGCUUUCGACUGCCGGGCAAAUCUGGGUCUGUACAGUCCCUGGAGACAAAGUCCUGUGCAGUGCAGCACCCAGAGGAGCUCCGUUUAUGAGAAUACCCAGAAGGCACACCGUCACCUUCAUAGCAUAAUGAAUUUUCUACUCUUCUUCAGCCCGAAAUAUGUCAUCAUGCAUGAUGCACUGGGCCAUUUGACAAGCUUCUGAAUUAUCAUUUGUUUUGGUGUUAAGGACAAUACUAUUCAUUGGGUAUCUUGGCAAAGGGUGGUUCUUUUUGCAAUGAUUUGCCCCAGAUUACAGUCAGCUACAUUGCUCAUGUCUGCUUGAUUAGUUAGAUUGCCGUUAGAUUCUAAAUUGUUUGCCAUUUGUUUGCAUGUGGCAAAACAUGGUUUGGCAAAGGACAAAGAAACAGGUCAGCAAAAUUAACAAAUUACAAAUAGCACCAAAACCAACUACGGCAAUCCAAUGUACUCAUCAAACAGGCCCAUAUGGUGGUGACAGGGGACAGGCAGAUUGCUGGACGCAAGCACAUGCUCUGUGCCAACUAUGGACAGAACAUGCUUCUAAGAAGCAGUGGCUGACUCUUAGCAGCAGAGAGGAGAAAGCAACGGGAAACUGCUUUAAAACAUGCCUAAACUACCCAACCUCAGAAGAGUCAUCUGCUUCAAUUUAUUCCACCAUGUUAAGAGUUAAGAGUUAAGGUCUUGAACAGCAUAGGGACAUUUUUGGAAAGUGUAACCUUGAACUUAAUGUGUAUUUGGACUUGGAAACCCCUGUUAUAACUCUUGACAAGUUUCUAAGAGGUAACAGAAAAACUAAGAUUAAAUAUUAAACACAAAACCUCCCCAUGUCUGUUAUUCAGUACAGUCAGAUUGAUUGAUGUGGUUAUAAAAAGUUUAUUUAAAUGUUUAAUUCCAAAAUUGGAGAAAUAAUGAAUGCCCAAAAUAUUUUGUGUGCAUUUUUAAUCCUUAAUGAAGAAAAAAAAUGAUUUGAAGUUGUAGUUACCAUAAUGCUAGCAAUGCGUAAUGUUAAAGUCUGUUGCAUAACUGUGAAAAUAUGCAUGUGAAACUGUCCAUUUGUUAGUAACAUGCAGUUCCACUAGUUUUUAGAGAAAUAAAAGGAGAAGCUAACACUAAUACUGCCAUAUGGCUUUUUAGAUCCUCGCUUGACACAGACCUCAAAAGACACUACA